UUGGGAUAUAGUAAUUAUUAGCCAGAAUGAUCCACACUCCAUACCAGUUGGUGGCGGUAAUGCACCAAAUCGUUGUUUGCCAACCGCCAAUAAACCUUAAAGAAAAAGAGGAAGAAGACAGGAAUUCUGUUUUAAAAACAUAUAAACUAUUUUUUUUUUUUUUUCUGGAAAACUGAAGUUUAGAAAUAACAAAGGUGAAUGCAAAAAAAAUGAUAUCUGACUUUUAAAUGUAGUCCCCGAGGCUGACAACAAUAGACUCAACUGGAUCUAUUCAUGUCCACAUGUUGCUGUUUGACGCGCUGGAGGCUGUGGAGCGUUUUGCUGCUAGAACAGAAGGGAAAGGACCGACUCGCUCCAUAAUGAGCGCCAUUAUCUCCUCUCGUUUUCAUAAUUUACUGUUUCCUUUUUACACGCAACACGGUCCCUCCUUCAUGCUUUGUCAGGAAUGUUCAUGUGUGUGUUGUAUUGAUAAGGCGGGCGUGUGACAUGCGAGAGGACCGAUAUGGAGUAAACCAGCGCUGGGAAUGGAAACACGGUGAGAAGAUUGUCAUGGCUGACCCAGAGGUGUCAACACAGAGUGGGGGCUAUGAUGUGGAGCUGUUUGUGGACACUCCAGACUACGAUCUGAUCUGCACCAUAUGCCAGGGCGUCCUCAGGUGUCCAGUAAGAGCUGCAUGCCACCACAUCUUCUGCAAGAAAUGCAUCUUACAGUGGCUGAAGAGGCAGGAGACCUGUCCCUGCUGCAGGAAGCCUGUCAACCCGAGCUUGAUCUUUGUCAUGUUCAAGCUGAGCAAAUCUAUUGGACGCAUGAAGAUCAAGUGUAAGAAUGAGAUCCGUGGCUGUGCAGAGACCUUCUCUCUCUCAGAGCAGUACUGCCACAGCAUGAGCUGUCUGUACGAGCUCAUCCCCUGUCCGUACCAGGGCUGCCGGUCACAACUCCUCCGCAGGGACCUGGACACCCACGCAUGCCACUGCGAACACUGGCGCGAGCCCUGCCACAUGGGCUGCGGGACGAUCCUCUCCCACCGCACCCAGGCUCAGCACAACUGCUACAAGCAGCUGAGGCAGGAGUACGAAGCCAGGCAGAGGAACCACAGGGCCAUCGCCACCGCCCUGCAGAGGAAGAUGAGGAGGAUGCAGAGCACCAUGACCCACAUGAAGAGGCAAAUAAAUCUGAUCUGUGAGAGCCUGGAGGUGAUGGACGACCUGCAUGAGGUGGAGGAGGAGGACCUUGGAGAGAGCAGUGGCAGCUCAGGUAGCAACAACACCAACAACUGCUGAGUCAGUUACUAUACCGCUGCUGGUUGGCUGUAUCAUUUCUGCAUGUGUUUCUAUUUAUUUAAAGGUGUGUGUGUUUUUUUAGAAUAUGUAGGUAGGAAAAUAAUUAAAAUGAGUGAAUUUGUAACAA